CGAGCGCUUAUAAUGGAGCCGCUGUCCGCGGAGCCUCCCGCCGCCGCCGCCGCCGCCGCGCCGCGCCUCCUCCUUCCCGGCGGAUCUUUGUUGUGUGGGAGGGCAGCGGGGAUGGACUUGAGCGCGCGGAGCCGCUGCUAGAGCCGCCGCGCUCCGAGAGGGCGCCGCACCGCCGGGAGGAGCCGCCGCCGCCCCGAGGCCUCCGCCCCGCGCGCCCCGCGCGCCCCGCGCGCCCCCCGCGCCCCCCGCGCCCCCCGUCCCCGCGCCGCGGCAGAUGUGUGUGGGGUCAGCCCACGGCGGGGACUAUGGUGAAAUUCCCGGCGCUCACGCACUACUGGCCCCUGAUCCGGUUCCUGGUGCCCCUGGGCAUCACCAACAUAGCCAUCGACUUCGGGGAGCAGGCCUUGAACCGGGGCAUUGCCGCUGUCAAGGAAGAUGCUGUCGAGAUGCUAGCCAGCUACGGGCUGGCAUACUCCCUGAUGAAGUUCUUCACAGGUCCUAUGAGUGACUUCAAAAAUGUGGGCCUGGUGUUUGUGAACAGCAAGCGAGACAGGACCAAAGCCGUCCUGUGCAUGGUGGUAGCCGGCGCCAUCGCUGCCGUCUUUCACACCCUCAUAGCUUAUAGUGACUUAGGCUACUACAUCAUCAAUAAACUGCACCAUGUGGAUGAGUCCGUGGGGAGCAAAACACGAAGGGCCUUCCUGUAUCUCGCCGCUUUCCCCUUCAUGGAUGCCAUGGCAUGGACCCAUGCUGGCAUUUUGUUGAAACACAAAUACAGUUUCCUGGUGGGAUGUGCCUCGAUCUCAGACGUCAUAGCUCAGGUGGUUUUCGUAGCCAUUCUACUCCACAGUCACCUGGAAUGCCGCGAGCCCCUGCUCAUCCCCAUCCUCUCGCUGUACAUGGGCGCGCUCGUGCGCUGUACCACCCUGUGCCUGGGCUACUACAGGAACAUCCACGACAUCAUCCCAGACAGAAGCGGGCCAGAGUUGGGGGGAGAUGCAACGAUAAGAAAGAUGCUGAGCUUCUGGUGGCCUUUGGCUCUGAUUCUCGCCACCCAGAGAAUCAGCCGGCCCAUCGUCAACCUCUUUGUCUCUCGGGACCUGGGUGGCAGCUCUGCGGCUACAGAGGCAGUGGCCAUUCUGACAGCCACGUACCCUGUGGGUCACAUGCCAUACGGCUGGCUGACAGAAAUCCGAGCCGUCUACCCUGCCUUUGACAAGAAUAACCCCAGCAAUAAACUGGCGAACACAAGCAACACCGUCACCGCCGCGCACAUCAAGAAGUUCACGUUCGUCUGCAUGGCCCUGUCGCUGACGCUCUGCUUCGUGAUGUUCUGGACGCCCAACGUCUCGGAGAAGAUCUUGAUAGACAUCAUCGGCGUGGACUUCGCCUUCGCGGAACUGUGCGUUGUUCCCCUGCGGAUCUUCUCCUUCUUCCCCGUUCCAGUCACCGUGCGGGCCCAUCUCACCGGCUGGCUGAUGACGCUGAAGAAGACCUUCGUCCUGGCUCCCAGCUCUGUGCUGCGGAUUAUCGUCCUCAUCACCAGCCUGGUGGUGCUGCCCUACCUGGGGGUCCACGGAGCCACCCUGGGCGUGGGCUCCCUCCUCGCGGGGUUCGUGGGAGAAUCCACCAUGGUCGCCAUCGCAGCAUGCUACGUCUAUCGGAAGCAGAAAAAGAAGAUGGAGAACGAGUCGGCCACGGAGGGGGAGGACUCGGCCAUGACCGACAUGCCUCCCGCCGAGGAGGUGACAGACAUCGUGGAGAUGAGAGAGGAGGCCGAGUGAGGCUCCCGCCCGCCCGGGGCGCCAUCUUCCCCUCCUCCUCCUCCUCCUCCUCCUCCUCCUUCUGUGCUUGUUCCGGCGACGCGAGAGGCCCCGAUGGGGGAGCCGCGCGCCAGGUGGGGACCCCGCACACCCACGGACUCUGCCCCCGCUGCGUGACCCCCCGUCCCACAUGGCCGCCUCCUGGUCCACGUUUCUCCUCCUCCCCGGGACAAUCUCCACUUGGAACCAAAGGAUGGCGGCGGUGCCGGCGCCCCGGCCGCCCCCCCCCCCCCCC